AUGGUUGAACGAGAGGCACAGGCGGUGGCGGAUGGUCUUGCUGGGGAGGAAGAGGAGCUGAUAGCCCGAGGCGAAGAGUACGAUGUCGACCACGGGAACGACGAUGGCGACGCUGGCGACGAGAGCGACGAUGGCGACGAGGACGAGGAUCUCGACGACGACGAUGACGGCGAGGUGGCGGCGUUGUUCGGCGCGCAGCAGAAACCCCACGCGAUAAACGACGCGCCGGCGCUGCGCAGAAAGCUGGACGAGUUCGCGUGGGCGGGCAAGCGGCCGUGGGUGGAGUCGCUGGCCGUCGUCGUUAUGGACGACGCCGCCACUGACGCCGUAGCUGGCGCCGCCCCCGGCGGCGUGGAGGCCGUAGACGCGGCGGACGAUUUGGUUCGCGAAGCCGCGUUUUACUCCCAGGCCGCAGCUGGCGCUAAGGCGGCGCUUGUGCGGCUCCAGGAGGAAGCAGCCGCCGCCGCCGCCGCCGCCGCAGGCGCAGCUGCUUCCGCGGGAGGGGUGGAGGCGGAAGAGAAGAGGAGGCUUCCCCAGUCCGUGGUGGCGCUGCUGCGGCCGGCGGAUUACUACGCGGAGAUGGUGAAGAGCGACGCGCAUAUGGAGCGCAUUCGCGCGCGGCUGCUGGCGCAGCAGAAGGAGAUGGAGGGCGCGGAGGAGCGGAAGAAGGCGCGCGAGGGGAAGAAGUACGCGAAGCUGGUGCAGGCGGAGCGGCGCAAGGAGCGCGAGAAGGAGAAGAAGGACGCGGUGCAGGCGGUGGAGCGAUGGCGCAAGCUGCGCCAGCAGAGCAACUUCCAGGACGGCCCAACCGCGCCCGGCGGAGCGGACUUCCCCGUGGAGCUGGAUGCGGCGCUGGGCGCGGGGGGGGAGUUUGCACGGGGGGAGAAGCGCGGGGCGGGAGCGCGCGGGGGGCGGACAGGGGGGAAGGGGUCGUUGGAGAAGCGGAAGCAGCGGGAUGCAAAGUAUGGGUUCGGCGGGCGGAAGCGGCUGAAGAAGCAGAACGACGCGGACUCCACCAACGACUUCGGGGACUUUGGGGGCUUUGGGGACGAGGACGGCGGGCGGGGGGCAAGGGGGGGUUCCGCGGGUAAAGGGUUUCGAGGAGGAGUUAGAGGGGGGAGCAGAGGGGGAGGGAGAGGGGGGAGCAGAGGGGGGAAGGCGCAGCGACCGGGGAAAGGAAGAAGAGAGCAGAUGCGGAACAGAGGAAAGUAG